AUGAGCUCUAUGGACUCUGACCACGGACACAAACGAUUCUGCACUCUUCUGCACGUGUUGGUCUCUCCCGGUCCCAUGAAGCUGUUUGUGCACCGCUAUGCCAUCCGCUAUGCCCUCCGCUUCCCCAGGCAACGGAAGCUGAACGACUUCGUGAAGUCGGAGCUGCAGCGCCUCAGCUCGCGCCUGGACGCGACCGAUGCGCGGAUCCAGCGACUCAUCAGUGGUGAGGCACCAGCGAAUCCUAAGCAGUUCAUGGAAUCUGCCCGUGGCUUAUUCAAAUCAGAGGACCUUCACUCUCAGACCUCGGAGCCACCGAAGGACAGCGGCACCGGACCGCGCCCCGCCGUGCGCUUCGCGCCCGGCGCGGCCGGCCGCCGCCCGGCGCAGCCGGAGCCCCGUCUGCCGAUGAGCCGUCGGGGCUCGGCGCCGGCGUUGCAGACGGGAAAUGCCUGGAAGAUGGGGCCAGAUCACCUGGAGGUCAAGGCCCAGGAGUUGCACAAGGCCUGUCAAAAGGCUCCGCCGCAGGACGUGUGGACGGAGCCGUCGGAGGGCAUCACCUCCACCGUGUUGGAUCACGCGGAGGAAGCGCUGCGCCGAUGCUUCGGGAAGACCAAGGAAGGCCAGCGCUACGCCAACAACCCCUUGUUGGGCCUCAAUGCCAUUUUCAAACGUCUGGAUCAGAAUCAUAGCGGCAAAGUGGAUCGCACGGAGUUCCUUCAGUUGUGUUCUAUUCUGGACUUCAACGGAAGCACGGAUUUGAUGAACGCGCUCUUCAGCCGAUACGAUUUGGAUAGGUCAAAGUACCUAUCCAUAGAUGAGUUCGGCCGCAUGCUCUUCAAGUUGGAUGGAGAUCCUCAUGGAAAAGCCCUGAGCACGAUUGCCAAGAUGAGAGAAGCCUUAGCUUUGAGAGCUGGUGGCUUUGAGACCUUGAAGGCCAUGGCGAAUCAGUUUCGCAUCAUGGAUCACGAUAAAUCGGGCGAACUCACAAAGGAGGAGUUCAUGACGGCUCUCGAUGUGUUCUUCAAUUGCUUCAACCUGCGUUUCAACGCCGCCGAAAAGCUCAGCCUCUUCAGUACCUUCGACCGUGAUGGCUCUGGUACUGUGAGCUACGACGAGUUCAUCCGUGGUGUUCGUGGCGAGAUGAAUGACUUCCGUUUGGAGUGGGUGAACAAGGCCUUUAGUGUCCUGGAUAAGGAUGGCUCUGGGGUGGUGACCACGGCGGAAAUGUCGCAAACCUACGAUGUCUCGGCCAAUCCGGCCGUUCAAAGUGGCAAAGUGACGCCGCAGCAAGCCAUUGCGCAAUUCAUGAAACAUUUCGAUCAAAACUCCGAUGGUCAAAUCACCCGCGAGGAGUUCACUGAGAACUAUGAAUGGGUCAGCGCUUCCAUUGAUAGUGAUGACUACUUCGAAUUGAUGAUGCGAAAUGCUUGGCACAUAGCAGGUGGUGAAGGCUGGUCCGCGAACACCUCGAACCUGCGCGUGCUGGUGAAGCACACACGUUCACCCGAUGAGGUGGUUUGCGUGCUCAAUGACUUGGGCCUUCCACGAGAUCCAGCCCUGCGCACGAUGGAAGUGGUGAAGCGCUUGAAGAGCCAAGGGGUGAUGGAUAUCGCCAAGAUCGAGUUUUGCGGCUGA